UCCCCUCCUGCUGCCGCCUCCCGCUGGCCGGGACCGGCCGUGCACCUGACUCGGCGGGAGGCCAGCGGCAAGCGGAGCCCGGGGGCUGCCCCGAGGCGAGGGCCGUGCCCGGCGUGCUCACAGCACUACCCGCGCUGCUGGGGACCGCGAGCGAGGUCAGUGCCCACCCCAUCGCAUCCCGCCUGGCCGGUGCUGCCCCGGGCACAGCCCUGGGAGCGGGCAGGGCCGGAGCGGAUCGCUGCGCAGCGCCGGCCGCCGAACGGAGUGACCCUGCGGGACAGCCGCACAUCAUGGUGGACUAUUACGAAGCACUGGGGGUGAGCCGCAGUGCCACCGCCGACGACAUCAAGAAGGCGUACAGGAAGGCCGCACUGAAAUGGCACCCGGAUAAAAACCCUGACAACAAGGAUUAUGCUGAGCAGAGGUUCAAGGAGAUCGCCGAGGCAUACGAAGUGCUGUCAGACAAGCAGAAACGCGAUAUCUAUGACCGUUACGGCAAGGACGGACUCAUGGGGGCAGCAGGACCAGGAGGCUCUGGGGCCAGUGCUGGGGCUCCCGAAUUCACCUUCACCUUUCGCAGUGCCCAUGACGUCUUCCGGGAGUUCUUUGGCGGACGAGACCCCUUUGCUGACUUCUUCGAUGAGAUGCUGCCUUUCUCCGAGCUGCGAGGACCUGGCCCACGGCACCAUGGAGGAGGUCAAUUCUUCUCCACCUUCCCAGGAUCCUCAGAUUUCUUCACCUCAUCCUUCAGCUCCGGUGGCAACAGAGGGCUGGGCUUCCGCUCCGUCUCCACCUCCACCACCUUUGUUAAUGGCAAGCGCAUCACCACCAAGCGGAUUAUUGAGAACGGGCGGGAGCGGGUGGAAGUGGAGGAGGAUGGGGAGCUGAAGUCGAUCCACAUCGAUGGUGUCCCCGACGACAUGGCGCUGGGGCUGGAGCUGAGCCGGCGUGAGCAGCAAGCCUUCCCCAGCGCACAGCCUGCCUCACCACCCACCCUGCGCCAGCCCACGAGCUCCUCACCCGUCUGCCUCUACACGGACAGCGAGGACGAGGAUGAGGACUUGCAGCUGGCCAUGGCCUACAGCCUCUCGGAGAUGGAGGCUGCGGGGCACCACCGAGCAGGUGGGCACGGCCCCGGCACCCCAUCCUCCUCCCGCAGAGCCCGUGGCACCUGGGGAGGGCUGGAGCAGGAGGUGGCGGGGGCUGGCAGCCCUGCCACAGAGGGGCCUCAACCUCCUGCCCCCAAAGCAAAGCAGUGGCACUGCCCCCUGCUCUGAGCCUGCGGCUGAGGCUGUGCCCCUACUGUGGGGCAAGGAGAGAAAACGGGGGUGUUUUUGCGUGGGGCUCGGCUCCUGCCUACCCCAGCAAGGCUGGGGGCUCUCCUGCCUUGCCUCCUUGCUGCCGCUCACGUGGGUGGGCAGCUGGUGGCAC